GUGGAAUGAUAAUGGGGAACUUGAAUAGCGGUAUCGAGACAAGGGCGUCCACUGUUCGUUCCCCAUGGGGCAUCCGCUUGCGGAGAGAUUGGGGGAUACACCGCGAAUAGCCCUUGUGUUGAGUAUACAACAAUAAUUACUUCCCCCUCUGGACAACCUAAGCCUUCGACCUCUGUAAUCUUACUUUCUAUCACCAUUUCCGAAGCAUCCUUGUUUGCACCGACAAGUCAAUAUGGCUGCCAUGGUCACCGACGACAAAGCCUCCGUGGCCUGGGAGCAGCACAUCCAAGAUGUGGUUGAAGUGCAAGCCUGGCAAAUGCGCACCGACGAGGAGCGUAGAGCCGAGAAGAGACUUCUCCGGAAGCUCGAUAUGGUCAUUCUUCCAAUGAUGUCCAUCUCAUACCUCAUGGCGUACUUGGACCGUAACAAUAUCGGUUAUGCCCGAUUGAUGGGUCUACAAGAAGACCUUAGGAUCACGGAUGGACGAUUCUACAAUGUCAUCAUGGUCUUUUACGCUGGAUACCUCUUCUGUAUUUUUCUCGGCAACAUCUCCAUCCGCAGAUUCGGCCCCAGAGUCAUCCUGGGCUCCGCCGUUGUCAUCUUCGGCGCUUUCGUCUGUGGUAUGUCCCAGGCCAAGAGCUAUGCUACUGUGAUCGGACUCCGUUUCGGUGUGGGCGCCGCCGAGGCCUUACUGCAAGCCUCGCCCCUGUACAUGUCGGUUUGGUAUGGAAGAAACGAGCUCGGCAAGAGAGUUGCCAUCUUCUAUUCGUCCACGACAAUUUCCGGUGUCUUUUCCGGCUUGAUCUCGUAUGGAAUUCAAAAGAACAUGGAGGGCACGAGGGGGAUGGCAUCAUGGCAGUGGCUGUUCCUCAUCGAGGGUGCCAUCGCUGUCGCAGUCGGUUUGGUCAACGCGACUAUCCUGCCCACCUUCCCGGAUCGUCUCAAGAGCUCCCGAUUCUUGACUGAUAUGGAGAUCCGUGUGGGCCUCCAGCGAAGUCUAGAAUACAACUCUGCCGAGGUCAAGAUCGAGCCGAAACAAAUCCUUCAAGGUCUUAAGGACCCCAAGCUAUACCUGCUGGCGCUUCUCUCGGGCACCAAUGCAAUGCUGCUCGCGGCCACGGGCGCCUUCCUUCCCUCCAUCGUCAAGGAAUUUGGAUACAGCAAGCUCGACGCCCAGUUGUUCACUGUUAUCCCGUACGCCUGCUCUUUUUGCAGUAUGCUAGCCGUCGGCUAUCUAUCCGACUACUACCACUCGAAAUCGUGGUUCAUCAUCAGCUGUUUGGCCACGGCUGGGGCUGGUUUGAUCAUCCUGAUCAGCACCACGGGCAAAGAGAUUGGCAUGUUUGGCGCCUGCCUGCUCGUCGCGGGCACGUACCCGUCCGCGGUGUUACAGAUCACCUGGAUCCAGAUCACCUUCUGUGGGGCCACGAAACGAGCAUUCUCCUGGGGUUUCGCCAUGGUCAUCGCCCAGGGCAUGAGUAUGGCCGCGUCGCAGAUUUACUCUAAGCCGCCCCGGUAUUUCGCCGGCCACGGCACUCUCCUUGGCUUUGUCACCCUGGCUAUCAUCUGUACAUAUGCAGCGCGGGUUCUGAUGAUCCGCGCCAACAAAAAGAAGGACGAUGAAGUCCUCGAGUACCAGAACAGAGGCGAUGAGCACCCCGAAGGGGGCAAGUCUUUCGAGGAGGUCUGCGAUAACCAUAUCAACUUUCGUUACAAGUUGUGACGUGUUGCUCGGUUCAGGAUUGGACAGACCAUGCUUGGCCAGGUUUUAUGUUAGAGCCGAAUGGUCACACAGUAAGGUCAAGACAUCAACCAGACAAGUUUCGAGAGUGGGAUUUCGCCAUGUUGCUAUCGAGCUCGACCAAAUAAUGGGACCAUGUGAACGGGGGGACUUCUGCAUUCUAGCUAUCAAGUUCGACUGCAUUUCUAAGGAUAUUGACAGGGUAUAGGAGUAUGUGUGGGAGCCUUGAAUGUCAGAGGCUCCAGAGCUAUCAGACAGCUUGAUGUGAUAACGGACCCCAUGUUCUAUGUCCCUGCCAUACUCAAGCCGGUCUCGUACUGCGACCGAUCUUCUCAUCAAUCUCUGCCUGAUUCUCGAGGGGAACCCUGGUCGAGACAACAUAGCGGUUGAACAUAUUGUACCACGAUAAUGUGAGCACAUACUUGCAGAUCGUGUCUCGAUCGUAUCUCUCCUUCAUUCGCUUCAUGGU